UCGCGCUGCCGGUGCUGCCGAUUAAUCGUUUGCAAUGAUGUCACUGCAGAAGCCUCCGCUCAGGCGCAGCGCAUCGACCAUAGAAUCAACCAAUCACGGCGGCCCACUGUUGACUCCGCCCACCUCUCUCAACUUACGCUCCUCCCACAACCAGCAGCUGAGCUGCGACACCAUAAAGGAGGAUGUGGUCACCGUUUCCAAGGAAACGCAAGACUCGAAGAGUCGCCAGAAAUACGCGCUGACCAAUAUCCAAAACGCAAUGGGUUUGAGCCAAAACCCCACCCCUUUGAAUCAAAGCCACGCCUCCUUUGACCAAAGACCCGCCCCAACGAAAUCCGCCUCCUCUUCAUCUCUCUACUGCUCCUCGCUCUCCUUCUCCGCCUCCAAUCCCAAACUGGCCAAAAACGGCACCAACCUGCAGCUCAAAGAGGAGCAGCUGGACCUCAACAAGAACGACAGGAACCUGGUGAGGAGCAGCUGGGAUUAUCUGGAGGGGAAGGACAACCAGAGGAACCCGACCAUCAGGAGGAGGACCAAGAGCUUUCUAGAGUACCAUCGAGAAGAGGAGGCGCCGAGCAGCCCGGAUAAAGACACACAGCCCGAGGAGAAACGCCUCCUGCCCAAACUAGAGGCGCAGAUGUGGGCUAAAGAGAACCAUGUGGAGGCACACCUCACCCUCCCCCAGAACCACCUGCUCCUGCUGGCCAGCGAGGAAGAGGAGGAGAGCCCCAGCAAGACGCUGGAUGUUUAUCAACUGGACGUCCGGCCCAAUAACGAGCGCGUGAGCCACGUCAGAGACGGGACGGUGGAAAGCGGCAGUUCUCCGGGAAGAGUGCGACCGCAGAUGAGCCCGUUACACCUGAAGCUGAGAGGAGACGAGCCCGAGGAGUCGCCCGAGAAACAGGAGGAGGACUCCAGCUGGACCACGCUGUCACAGGAGAGCCCGUCUGUGGAGACGCCUCAGGAGACAGUUGUUUGGGAAGAGCCUCCUCUGGCGCAGGAUGUGUCUCAGGAGUAUUUUUGGCGUUUUUCAGCUGAUUCCACUCCACGAGAUCAGCCUGUGGCCGGCGACGCCCACUCUGACCAGGAGGUGGAGCUUAGGGUGAAGGGGGCGUGUCUUCCUGUGCCCUGCACUAAAGCACAGCGUGAGCGGCCCAGCAGUAUCGUGUCGGACAGCUCUGUUGAACCCGUCCCUUCAUCCGCAGCCUCUUCCCCCUCCUCUUCCUCGCUGUGCUAUGAGGUGAUGGGACGCGCUGCCAGUUUCCUCAACAACAACUACCUGGACCUGACGGAGACAUGCGAGUCUCCUCUUCACCCUCCUCUUCCUCGCUGUGCUAUGAGGUGA